AUGAAUAAGCCUGACCCUUCCAAUACUGUAUGGGAAAAGGAGACUCCUUCCACCAUUUGUAUGCCCUCUGCAAGUGUUGGGAGGAGCAGCACCAGUCAGCAUGCUGAUAUUGAGAUUGAGGAUGACACUGUAGAAGUACAUCAGGAUGAGGAGGAUAUUGGUGUAGCUGGCGCUAAUGAGAAUAUUGACUAUGAGGAAUUUGAUGAUGGGGAUGUGGUUUGUUUAAAUAAGGAUCCAUUGGAGACAGCUGUUUCCAAUGAGAUUCGUGAGAAUUAUCUGGAUGACUACCGGAAUUUGUUACGGAUGGACGAUGCCACCUUCAAGGAAUUACUUGUGACCCCGCAUAUAGGGACGGUGGAUACUAAGAUGCAGAUGGCCAUCCCUGCCAAAGAUAUUCUAGUUACCCUGCAGUUUCUGGCGACUGUCAGAUCCCUGCAGGACCUAAUGUUUGUCACAGUAAUAACCCCUCAAGCUUUUGGGCCUCAUUAUCGGGGAGACAUGCAAGACAAUAUUCACGGUCCUGAAGCAGCAGUACUUCAAGACAGGCCUGCCCAGAGGACAUCACCUGCGCGCAGGACAUCGCCAGCGCGCGGACCGACACCUGCGCAGCAGGCAUCGACAGCAGCGCGCGGGCCGACACCUGCGCAGCAAGCAUCAGGAGCGCGCAGAUCUUCACCUGUGCGCCACAGAUCGUCAUCACACAGUUUGUCACCUGUGCACCAGACGACGUCGGCGCGCAGACUAUCACCUGUGCGCCAGACAUCAGCGCACAGAACUUCACCUGUGCGCCAUACACCGUCGGCGACCACACCACAAGAUGGGCACCAAACUACAGCUCCUGCGCGCAGGUCAUCACCAGAUCGUCGUAUCUCCAGGAGCUCUGGGACUGUGACUGAAGAGCCUCAAGACACAACCCUUGUGGACCCAUCACCCGAUCUGUUUGAGUCUACAGGGUUAACAGACAAGACUUUUCUUGGGUUUGAGGACAGCCGUGCAGAUGUAUCCAGCCAGACCCUUGAAAAGUCUUCAGAUACGAGGACAAGUGAAGCUCCUGGAGCAGCGGCACCACAGGAUGGAGAAGUGGUGCCACGGACCAGCAGCGGACUAGCUUCGGGAAUUGGUUCCUACUUCAGGCCGGAUCUCCUCCUACAGGAGUCGUCAGAGGAUGACGAGGUGGAAGUGCAGCAGGCUGCAGUUGCUACAUCCCUGUCUGCCCAAAUGCAAGUGGUGGCAGACGUCCAGGAAGGGCAGAAUCCCUCAACUGUUCAGAGGGUUCACACCCUGGCAUCGGAGAUUACUUCCCGCCAGGAUACGUACACAAAUGUCGUUGGAAGCAGACUGAACAACAUUGAGAGGACAAUGGAGAAGAUGUCAAACAGUCUGCUUGAAAUGCAGAAGGCUCUUGCCGACAGCACGGCCACAAUGCUACAGGUCAGAAUGCAAGAUCAUAGGGAGAAUAUGGACGUCCUUCACAUUCUGGCCGAAUCCAUGGGCCGGCUCGUGGAGAACACAACAUGUCUGGCACACAGCAAUACCAACAUGUCGGAGAGCCAUCGACAAUCCUCAUCCAGCCAACAGCUCAUCGCAACCACACUGCAGAUGAUCUAUGACAAGCUCCCAGAACCAGCUCAUCAACACGCUGGUGAUCCACCAUUUCCGCCGUCACAAGCCACAAGGACGCCUCGUACCCUUCCUCAACUACCAUCCCAGUACAGACAGUCACAGAUGUACCAGGGAUAUACAGGGAUGUACCCUACCCACCAGAUGCCUCCACCACCGGCCGCCACAUCUACAGCCGCAUGGGCACAGAGGCCCAGUCAACGCACUACCCAGCCUCCCAGGACAUCGACACCCCACCCUCAGGAGGAACACCAGGAUCCGGACAGACUUCCACCAUAAGCCCGGUCGUAUUGUUUUAUUUACUUCUAUGUUUUUCAUGUAUCCCUUUCUUCCCCUCCCAUUAGUUUUUUUUUUUCUUACUAUUGUUUUUUCUUUGUUGGGCUUCCCCACCCGUGACCGGGUACUACCAAGGAGCUUUGUGUAGGCAUACAUGCGCGGGCAUGUAUGCGGGCGCGUGUGGUAACGGAUGAAAGCUCCUUGUGGCUACAUGUAUGAUGGGCCAAAGAGCAAUUCUGAUACCACUCUUUUACCCAAAAAAUCCUUUUUGUAAUGGUGUACAAUAGGCUUUCACUGUUGUGUGAAUUUACUAUUCACUAGU